AUGUGCCCCCACACCGACGCCUGCCCGGACCCCGAGGCCCAGCGGCCGCCCGCGCCCCCCGGCAGCGCCUGCCGCCCGCUGCCCUGGGCCCUGAGCGCCGCGCUGUUGCUGCUCGCCGGCACCGGAGCCGCCUGCGCCCUCCGCUGGGCCGCGCCCCGGGCCCCCGCCGCGCCCAGCCCCGGGCUCCCCGAGCUCCCCGAGCUCCUGCCCGACGCCCGCGCCCGCCUCCCCGACUCUCCGCAGGUGAGAUGCGCCCGGAAUCCCUUCUCCUACCCGGGCCCCCGAGAGCACCCCUUCUUUAUCCAGGACUUCGGGGGGCACCCCCGUGAGACCCCAUCUGCGUCCCGGGCCCCGGAGGGUAACCCUUUCUCCAUCGCGGACCCCGAGGGCUCUUCUUUAUCUCCAACCGGGGCUGCGGCAGCAGGAGGGGGAGCCUCCGUCCACUUUACGCCUUUCCUCUCUCCGCAGGGCGUGUUCGCGCAGCUGGUGGCCCGAGAUGUACAGCUGACUGAAGGGCCCCUGCACUGGUACAGUGACCCCGGCCUGGCAGGCGUGUUCCUAGGGCCAGGCCUGAGUUACGACCAGCACACUGGGGAGCUGAUGGUGGCCGAACCCGGGGUCUACUAUGUUUUCCUGAACCUGAAGCUGCAGCGGGUGGUGUCCGGCAAAGGCUCCGGCUCGGUCUCCGCUGCCCUGCAUCUGCAGCCGCUUGGUGUCGGGGCUGCAGCCCUGGCCCUGACCUUGGACCUGCCUCCUCCAUCCUCAGAGGCCCGUGACUCCGCAGCUGGUUUCUGGGGCAGCCUGCUGCACCUGGGCGCCGGCCAGCGCCUGGGUGUUCACCUGCGGGCUGAGGAGGGGGCGCACCUCGCUUGGCAGCUCGCACAGGGUGCCACCAUCUUGGGCCUCUUCAGAGUGGCCACCAAAGUCCCCGCUGGACUCCUCUCGUCGUGGCCCAUUGACACGGGGCCUGGCUCCGGGCCCCUGGACCGAGAAUGA